AUGAUCGCAUGGCACCCGGAUGCCCGAGUGGUGGAGAACGGGCGCUUGAUCCUCCAUGUCCCCAUCCAGACCAACCCGCGCGCCUUGACGAGGGUAGGGCAGCUACUUCUUCAUGUGCCUGAAGGCCAGCUUCAUUGGGCAGACUUCUCGAUCCCUCAUUGCGUCUUCAACGCGGGCACUCAGCCUCGGGUACACCUCAUUAUCGACGUCCUGGGCCGAGACAACGAGGACUUUGCACGCAACUUCCUGGCGCACCUGCCGACGGCCGAGGCGGAGCGCUUCCGCCGCCAUGCGCUGCCGGAGGUGGCCCUCGGGGAGGCCAGUGCGGUGGGUCCACCUGGCACGCGCUUUGCGCGCCCGCUCUCGCGGCAGAUGAGCGACACCUUUGGCAUGUUGGUGGGCGCAGAGAUGCUGAGCUUGGAGCGCAGGAUCUGGGAACAGGUGACCAAGGCAUAUGCCUCGCAAGUCUCAGCCGAGCCGGCGCUGUCUCGAUGGGCCAAUCUCCGCACCCAAACGGCUCACUCUCCGCUGGCGGUCGCCGAAACCGUAUGUCCAAUGGGAAAGCUCUUUGUUCCUGCUCAGGAUUUGAAGGACUUGCGGAUCAGAAGCGAUACUGACUGGCUACGCGUGCUGGAUGGAGCCAGGGCCCUGGCUUUGCUGUGGACCUUCGCAUUGCAUUCCUUGCUCCUGGAGACUUGGGACGUGGAAUCUCAGAAGCGAAGAGACCUCGAAGAGACUUGGGACGUGAUGAAGCGACAGUGGUGGGCGCAACUGCCCCUCCAAGGCAACACCGGAGUGGAUGCCUUCUUCGUCCUGAGCGGUUGUUUGAUGACUCGGAGCUACGAGAAGCUGCGCAAAGCUUCUAAACAGCCGCUUUGGAGACGGUAUGCGGUGUUUCUGCUGUGCCGCUUCUUCCGGUUGUGGCCCAUGGUCUGCGUGGCCGUGAUGGCGAGUUUGUUGAUGGGCUUGCUUCCUUGCUGUGCUUGGUCAGCUCGCUGGCACUCGAUUUGGGCGCACCUUCUGCUGGUGCAAAACCUCGAUGUUGAGAGUCUGAAGAAUCCCGACCUCACUGUUUUAUGGAGCAUUGGCACCGAGAUGCAGAUCUACUUGAUCACCCCUGCCCUGCUAGAGCUGCUGCUUCGGCCAACUGGUCAAAGGCGAAUUUGGGCCUUCUUUGCCUUGGGAUGCAUCUCCAUCUUGAGCACAGUCUUCAGGUUCUGGCUGGUCUUUGGUUCGCCUGACAACCCCAUUGAAAGGACUUGGCCCCCUCGGCCCAUCUACGCAAAUCCCCUCUCUCGCCUGUCACCCUACCUGAGCGGCAUCGCGCUUCAAUUGGCCUUCGCAGAGCGAAGCCUGGCUCCGAACGCCACGACAGUGAUUGCAAGCGCCGACUCCACCGCAUCACGCGCCGCGGAAAUUCCGCGCGCCGCGAUGGCAAGCGCCGCAGUUUUUUCGGAUGUGGCGGCGCUGGGUGUUCUGCUUUUGUCGCUGCUUCUGGGGCAGAAGCCCGAAGCUGCUCCUUCCUUCAUGUUCGACCACUUCUCCCAGGUGGUUGUGAAGCUCAUUGCCAUUCUUUUUCCACCCAUUUAUGGCUGGGCUUUGGCUCGCGUGCUGUUCCGCUGCCUCACCACACCACGGGGUCGCAGCCUUCCCUGGUCAGCGUUGCAGCUUUUCUUGGCAUCAAAGAUCUGGAGGUGCUUGGCCACUUUGUCCUAUUCUGCUUAUGUGAUGCAGCAGUUUGCUGUGCAGCCCCUCGCCCGGCUCAUGAAGGAGCUGGAUUUGCAGUGGACUGCGGACACCUCCGUGAGUGAAGCGAUUUGGCGCUAUCCGGUGGUGCUGCUCCUUUGGACCUUGAUGAGCUGUUUGAUCGCCCUACCGUGUCACUGGCCGAAACCACCGAUCUCGCGGGAGAUGUUACUACCUUGGAACAUCCACCGUACGUCGACUCUGGACAGAGACAUUCAGACACAGUCAUGUGAUCAUUGAGAAGCCUGGCAUCCGCCUGGGCAGGAUACUCAGCCAACGAGCUUUGGGCGACGGAGGCGCCCCAUGGCGACCCCACAGCGAGGGUGUUCCUCGAGCGCGAGAGGUAGGAAAUGAUGAAGCCUAGGGCUCCAAGGUGUUGAAACCGAAAAAGACCUUC